CAAUAUGGACGAUCAACUCCUAGUAGAGAAGAAAGCUCGCCGCCAGCCGCUAACUGCAAUUUAUGGGUAGCUUGGCGGAUUUGGCCAUCGUUUGUCACCCGCCCAUCUGAAGCAGGUCAAGAUCAAUCAUACAAAAAUGUCCCUAGAGGCCAAGUCCCUUCCCCUCUACUUCUCCUCGUACUCGUAUCCCAUCGAGGAACCAGAGUAUGAGUAUCCCGAAGAUGCCGAGGAUUGGCCGGAAUUCGACGAAUGCCCUUACAAGAAUGCCGAGCACCUCGCCAUCUGUCUGAACCGAUCUCUUGGCCGUUGCGAAAUGCCAGAAGCAGAUACUCACCCCCCUCGCUUUGCAAUGUCCUCUUGGGGAAACUUCAAUUUCCAAGAUAUGGGCUGUGUUGAAUCCGUUUGGUACGAUGCCAAAACUGGAGCCCCUCAUAUGAUCGCCCUCAUGUGGAGUGAACUCGCCCAGCCACAGAAUGAGGAGCUUUGUCGCGCCGAGGUUGAUGCCGCCAUUAUGAUCAUGCACGGACGCUUGCGAGAUCCAUCACUCCGAUCUCAUGUUAAUGCCCCUGUCCUGCUGCUCUCAGCCAUCGGGGAGCACCAUCUCCGAGUCAUCGAGGCAUACUUCGACAAGGACCAGCUGGUCAUGCGGAGUUCCCCGCUUAUGAACAUGCGUGAGUGGGAUCUGGGUUGGCUCAUCACCUUGGCGAGAUGGUGUUGGUGAGGUCCUAGCAGCAAGAAUACCAAGCUCUUGAUUAAGUCUUAGCGAACAUGGGGGGCAAUUUCUGUUUGGGAUUUGGACUACCAGAGUUAUGGAUGCUUAUGAUAUUUUGUUAAGUUCAUACCAGUAGGCCAAAACGGAAAUCCGCUGGCCAUCUGGAGAACAGACGGAACGAAGACUCUGUGUCCCAACAUAUUUGGAAAUGGGAGAAUAGAUGCGUUUACGGCGUAGUCUGG